AUGAAGGAAAUGGUCCAGUGUAAAGUUGCUAAGGAGCUUUUCCAAAAUCUCGAGGCCAAAUAUGGCUUCAAGCAGGAAAUGUUGGACGACAUGUUCGAGGCCGCUCGUGUCUUCUACGACAGUGGUCUCUACAAUAUCGCGUCUGACUAUCUUCGUAUCAUUCGACAACUAGUUAGCCCAAGCGACAGUCGCCACCUCCACGCUUGUUGGGGUCGAUUAGCUUCGGAAAUUCUUGUGCAGAGUUGGGAUGAAGCCUUGGAUGACCUGGAAAAACUGAAAGAUGCGAUUGAUUGCCAGAGUGAUGAUAGGCUCCACCCGUCUGCUCAAACCUAUCUUACACAACUCCAACAAAGAACUUGGCUUCUCCACUGGUCCCUCUUCGUCUUUUUCAAUCACAGCCAAGGCAAGGAAAAACUCAUUGACUUUUUCCUCAGCAACCCAAAGUAA